UUUCAGGAGAUGAAAACUAUGGAAAACAUGAUAUUACUGAUUAUAUGGUCAACAAUUGAUACAUCAUGUGCAAAACUAGAUGUACUGGUGACUAUUAAGGGAUCUGCUAACUUGAAAUGUCCAACCCAUUCAGCUAGCACAUCAAUGAAUUGGUUUGCUCCGGGACGUGUGCCCCCAAUAUCAAAAGACAGAACGGUAUAUACUGAUGAUAACCGAAUCAGUAUUACUGGUGACCCCCGAAAAGGCGAAUACAAUCUACAAAUUUCUAACUUUCAAACUUCAGACGUAGGAAUCUACAAGUGUACUGUAUCCAUCAAGAACGUAGCAUAUCAGCAUGAAUUUAACCUACUCAUAGGAAAACCUCCAAAGAAUCUUAGAAUAGAAAACAUUGAAAAGCAAAGCACUGUUCAAAAAAGAGAAGGAGAAGAAUUAAAAUUACAAUGUGUAGUGGAAAGUGGCCAACCUAAAGAGAUUCUGCGAUUUGAAAAGAAUGGAAACAUCAUUAAAGAAAGUAAUUCAAGUACUGUAAAUUUAACUGUCAUCCUAAACCAUACAGACCACCAGAGUCGGUAUACCUGUAAGGCCAUUAGUACUGCUUUGAAUGUAUCACUUUCUCAAUCUGUUAAUGUUAUGGUUUUGUAUGCACCACAGGUGAGCUUGGGUAAAGUUGGGAAAUCAUUAUUAAUAAAGGAGGGAAAUAAAUUGACAGUUCAUUGUAUUGCUGAUAGUAACCCGGAACCUUAUAAUUAUACAUGGGCAAAGAUAUCUGAGACGAAACGGCUUAUUUCAACUUUGUCUACAAUUCACAUAGACGUCAUUCAAAGGAAAGAUGCAGGUCUAUAUGCUUGUGUGGUAACCAAUUAUAUAGGAAGUGGAAAAGCUGACACAAAUGUUGUUGUUAUGUACUCCCCGAAAGUAGAUAUAAUGUACACAAAUUAUACAGAAAACACGAAACAAAGGUGUUUGGUCUGUAAAGUGAAAGGAGUUCCUGAAAAAUACACCUUCUAUGAAUGGGAACACAAGUCAUACUAUGGUGACCACAUCCGUUUUAUGUCUGGGAAUCAAACUGGUUCUCUUACUUUACAAACAGAUACAAUAAGAGACUCUGGAUAUCAAGAUAAUGGCUAUUAUAAAUGUACUGCUAGUAACGGUAUAGCUGACAGUCACGGUGUUGUGAAACAAAGUGCUGAGGUGUAUUUAGUAGUUGAAGGAAAGCCUAUUUUUGUUUCUGACAACGUUGACGAAGUAUAUGGUACAUACCUUGGUUACGUUUUUUUGGUCGUGAACAUCUUCAGUAUCCCAAAAUAUACCAAAUUGGAAGUCCUUGAUGGAAGGAGUCAACCUAUCACUUUUGGAAGUAAUUUUAGACUUAUAGAAGAAAAUACUUCAGUAAUGGAUCGGUUUCUUGGAACAGAGAUAAAAGUAAAAGGCUAUAAAAUAACAGUGAAAAUAGAGCGGCUUGCAAAUGACAAUAUUGACACGUACACUUUUAAAGCAAAGAACGAUUUUGGACAAAGCGUGCACAAGAUAUCAGUACUUUCUGCAGGUACUCCUGAACCGCCUUUAAAUGUAACCGUCGCUCCUGUUGCAAACGGAGCCAGAGUGGAAUGGACAACAAAUUUCAAUGGCGGGUUCAAGCAAUCCUUCUUUGUGGAAUAUCGUGAGCAAGGAAAUAAAAGAUGGGAAAAAGUGAAAACUUUACCCACAACUUUGAAUAACAGAAUGUUUUGGACGAUAGGCAAUCUUCAUGAAGAUCGUUCAUACAGUUUCAGAAUGUUUUCUCGAAAUAAAAUUGGAGACAGUAAUACAACGCGGGAGGUUGAUUUUAAAAUCUUAAAAGAGAAGAACGAGGCAAUACUCUACGGUGUUGUUGGUUCUGUGUCCUUGGUAUCCCUUUUUUUGAUAUUGUGUUUAAUUUAUAUGAUAAAGAAAAGGACGAAUAAAAAAGGCAAGACAAAGAAAAAAUCAGUUAUCAAAGACUAUUCUCAAGCAUACAAUUUAGAGGAACGUGUGUAUAAUGAAAUAGACGAAAACCAGUUGUCGGUAAGUUUCCUGACAAAAACUGCUAAAAAAAAAGGCAAUGACAACAAGGAUGGAAUUCGGCCAAUACAAACCGAAAACAGAGAUGCAAACACUCGUCUAUCUCAUGAGAACUUGCAUGUUAAAAACGCGUAUGAACAGUUCUAACAAAAACGUGUUUGUAUGAA